UAGUUGCCGCAGUGGUAGACGGGAAGCUGAUUUCUGCUGUUCAGGCUGACGACGAGUUCCAGAGUGAACCUUGAAAACCCGUAACGAUGUCGUACCCAAAUACUCUUGGGGCUCGCCAAGCCCUUCAGGAACACGUUUUGGCAGUUUCCAGGGACUUCAUUUCCCAACCACGACUUACUUACAAAACAGUGUCUGGUGUAAACGGUCCAUUGGUUAUUUUGGACGAGGUGAAAUUCCCAAAGUUUGCUGAAAUUGUGCAAUUGAAGCUUGCCGAUGGCUCAGUCCGUUCAGGUCAGGUGCUCGAGGUCUCAGGUUCAAAGGCGGUUGUUCAGGUGUUCGAAGGUACCUCUGGAAUUGAUGCAAAACAUACGCUCUGCGAAUUCACUGGAGACAUUCUUCGUACUCCCGUUUCGGAGGAUAUGUUGGGGCGUGUCUUCAAUGGUUCUGGAAAACCCAUUGACAAAGGACCUCCCAUCCUAGCUGAGGAUUAUCUCGAUAUUCAGGGACAACCCAUCAAUCCUUGGUCCCGUAUUUAUCCCGAGGAAAUGAUCCAGACCGGUAUCUCUGCCAUUGACGUAAUGAACUCCAUUGCCCGUGGCCAAAAAAUUCCUAUCUUUUCGGCUGCUGGUCUCCCGCAUAAUGAAAUUGCUGCGCAAAUUUGUCGGCAAGCUGGUCUGGUCAAAUUGCCUGGAAAAGAUGUCCUUGAUUCCCACGAGGACAACUUUGCCAUAGUUUUUGCAGCUAUGGGUGUUAACAUGGAAACUGCUCGUUUCUUCAAGCAAGACUUUGAAGAAAAUGGUUCUAUGGAGAAUGUGUGCUUGUUCUUGAACUUGGCCAAUGACCCGACAAUUGAACGUAUCAUCACUCCUCGCCUUGCCCUAACAGCUGCUGAAUUCUUGGCUUAUCAAUGCGAGAAACACGUACUGGUUAUUCUUACUGACAUGUCGUCCUACGCCGAGGCUCUCCGUGAAGUAUCUGCCGCUCGUGAGGAAGUACCUGGACGUCGUGGUUUCCCAGGUUACAUGUACACGGAUUUAGCCACCAUUUACGAACGUGCUGGACGUGUAGAGGGUCGUAACGGAUCCAUUACUCAAAUUCCAAUUCUUACUAUGCCCAACGACGACAUUACCCAUCCUAUUCCCGAUUUAACCGGUUACAUUACCGAGGGACAGAUCUACGUAGAUCGUCAACUUCACAACAGACAAAUCUACCCGCCGGUGAACGUACUUCCGUCUUUAUCUCGUCUUAUGAAAUCUGCCAUUGGCGAAGGCAUGACCAGAAAGGAUCACUCCGACGUUUCCAACCAGCUGUAUGCUUGCUAUGCCAUUGGUAAAGAUGUGCAGGCAAUGAAGGCUGUCGUAGGAGAAGAAGCUUUGACCCCUGACGAUCUUCUCUACCUCGAGUUCCUGACCAAAUUUGAGAAGAACUUCAUCUCGCAGGGCAGUUACGAGAACCGCACGGUAUUUGAAUCCCUCGAUAUCGGGUGGCAACUGCUCCGUAUCUUCCCCAAGGAAAUGUUGAAACGUAUUCCAGCAUCUACUUUAGCCGAAUUCUACCCAAGAGAUUCUCGUCAUUAGACAUCGUGUAGGUUCCUAAAAUCUGAGCUAGUAACAUCUUCACAGCCAAUCCUUAUCGUACGUACAAACAUCAAAAGAAAUUCGUUGUCAUGAACAAAAUGCAUCACGAGAAGCUAUCGGCCAGAGCGUGACAAGGUCUGUGUUAUAUCAUGUAAAAUACCAAAAUAUCUUUUGAGAUCUUAAUAUCUUCGCGUUCACUCGAAUGUUGAUGAUGACGUUUCCGAUAUAACUAUUGUAGUAUGAAGUUUUUGAAUAUCGUGUGUCUUUAAAAAUGUGAGCAAUUACAAAAGUAGUCCGCCUACACGAAAAAAAGAUUGACAAAAAAAUACGAAAAAAAAGGGACAAAAUUCAAAAAUGCAAUUAACGAAAAUAGAACCGAUAUAAUACACACAAUCCAGUAAUACGCGAAAUAAGACAAUAUUGUAAAUGUUUUCUUCUGUCAUAAUAUUAAAUAUACAUACUAUAUUAUUAAUAAAUUUAGGGUUUUAGAUAAAUCGUACAUAUUUCAUGUAGCUGUAGGUAUUAACUAUUAGUACGUAAAUAUGAAAAAUUGAUAUCGGCCAUCUAUGCUUUUGAAUAAGUCUCAGAGUGAUUUUAAAAGACACCAGAGACAAAGCUACUGAAUCGAGGAUUACAGAGAAAUCACUGCGGCUAACACCAAGGCCAGAAAUGUUUAUCGUCCGAUAAAAAAAAUGCUGCGCACAAGAUCCUGGCUUCUAUGUAUUCCUCUUACGAUGAGAGAAAGUCCAUCUUUAUUACAAGUAAAUGUUACGAUGAUCAAGGUUUCGAAAUGAGCUCAUGGUACGAGGUAAUCUACAAAGGUUCAUGUAAAUUGUAAUAUAUUAUUCGCAGUAUUGUAAAAAUGUUAGCUAAUCCAGUCCACUUGAAUUAAUUUAAACCCAAGGGUUCAUAUGGCGUAAAUCAUUCGAGGCACAAAUUUAAUUACAUUCCAAACAUAAGAACUUUGAAAAGAGAAAAAUUAUUUAUGGCAAAUUAUUUCCUAAAUUCUUAACCCUGCAGAAUGUUAUUGUUGUUACAACUUUGAGAUGCUUCAGAUGAAACGCUAAAAUUAAUUUCCUUACACAUAUAUUAUACGAAAUGGAAAUACAUUUUCUAUCGAUUCAUGAAAAUCAUGUAGUUUACUUGUAAGGGAAAGUAAAAACAAUAAAAUAAUCGAUGAGUUGAACACGAACAUAUGAAUCACUUAAACUAGUUUCUACGAAAUUUAAUCACUUGGAAGAUUCUAAUUAACUUUGGAUUGUCAGAAACAAAUAAAAUACACUGUUUUGCUGUUAAACAAA